ACCACUACGGCGCCGGACCCCGCGAGCGCUGUUCACUUGUGCGUAUUGUUUUCGCGCCUCUGAACAUCGGAAGUUCCGGCGUGCACAGUUUGCCGAGCAACCCGCCGGCAUGGCCGUCGGCCCGACUAAGAAACGACAUACGAGUAAUAACAAUAUUAUACGCGGCCGUUGAAAAAUACAAUAAUAUAUAAUAUACCUAUAAUAACCGCGUAUUACGACGACGAUGAUGACAAUAAGCUCGUUAAUAAAAUUAUGCGCUGGCGACGGAUUUAAAUUGAACGAAAUUGAUACGGACAAUUUUAAAUGCAAUUCGUAGUACCACGGGAGGUAUAUGUGCAAUAUUUAUAUCUGAAGAAAAAUUACAGUCUAUAUUGGAUCACACCUCGGCGUACACAUAAAAUAUUAUAAUAAUAUAUUAUUAUACCUAUCGUCACCGUCACUUAAUAUUUACGUUCACGGAUCAUAUGGAAAUAGAACGUAGCCAAUCAAAUCAUUAGUAAUGUAAUAUUAUUCAAGUAUAAUAUUGUACACGCGUUUUGUUAUAAAUCCAUUCAUAGUCAUAAACGGACGUUUUUGGGCGGCAUGAUACGUUCAAAUGAAGUUUUCAUUUCUUAUCUACUCAUUAUGCUACAAGCAUCUUUCAUCAGCAACAUAAAAUUGUUGAACGUCCGAAUAGCUAACCAUACGGUAUUAGGCGGUAGUACAAAACUAGAAUGUACAUACGACCUAGAAGGAGAAAAUUUGUAUUCGGUCAAAUGGUACAAGAAUGGAGAUGAGUUCUUCAGGUAUUUACCCAAAAGCAAACCAAAAAUACAAGUUUUUGAAAAACGAGGCAUUUAUAUUGACAUCGAUAAAUCAAAUUCUAAUGAAGUCGUGCUCAAGUCUUUAGAACUGUCGAGCAGUGGAACUUAUAGAUGUGAAGUGUCGGCGGAGGCUCCGUCGUUUCAAACCGUAUUCCAAGACAGAGAUAUGAUUACAGUUGAAGGUCCGCAGAUUGCUGGUCUUCAGCACGAAUACAAUGUCGGAGACAUUGUAAACGCCAACUGUACGUCGACAAAGGUGCAAUUUCACGCCCAGCUCAUUUGGUACAUAAACAAAGAAAAGGCCAACUCUACAAUUGUACAAGGUCCGUACUACAWGGAGCACUUCACUGCAGGUAACGAACGACUUGUGACAACUGUACUUGGACUCAGCUUCAAUGUGACCGAUGGCCAUUAUAAGAGUGGUGAAAUAUAUCUGAAAUGUACGGCUCAACUUGCUUCGUUUUAUUUACACUCAGAUGAAAAAAUUGUUAARUUCACCAAACGACCUCCAACAGAAUCAAUAAUUUCUAACCAAGUUCAACAGUCUAAUAAAGUACAAGAAAAGACUUCAAUCAGUGUUCAAAACACACCGAACAUCAUUCAUCUAGCAUGCGUUUUGCUGUUCUGUCUGCGAAACAACAGAAAUUUUCAAGUUGCAUAAGUUGCAUACUAAUUACGAACAAAUAAACAUAUAUUAUUUGUAAAUGUAUUAUUAUUGUAAUUCUCAUUGAUAAAAAUAAUCGUA